GAUAAAGUUUGGCUCAGGUCACAGUGGUAAAGGUCUGUUCAGGACACGAUGAAUGUUGUCUGCGGCGUCUGCGUGUGUUUCAAGGUCACUGUUACGGCUCUUUGCUCGAUGGACUUCAGCAGCUUCCCUCUGGACACGCAGAACUGCUGGCUGGAGCUGGAGAGCUAUGCAUAUAAUGAGAAUGACCUGAUGCUUUACUGGAAGAAUGGAAAUGACUCCCUGAGGACAGAUGAAAUCAUCUUGUCUCAGUUCUUCAUCAAGCAUUUCCACGCCUCCAGUGGCCUGACUUUCUACAGCAGCACCAGUCUGUUUGUUUUCAGGAACAGGCGAGCUAGGCUACUCACCUAGCAAGGAAACAGAUGUCACUCCCUGAUCACA